AUGUCACUUCGUCGACCAGGUUUCUGGGCUCGGCAGGCAAAGUCGUCUUAUAAAAACCAAAUCAACAUCCCCUUUUCUCACCACACACAAACACCAACACCAACAUCAACAUCAACAUCAACAUCAGCAUCAACAGACAAGAUGCACCUUCACCACCUCGCCCUCCUCGGGGCCAUCCCCCUAUCACUGGCUCACCCAUCCCCGUCAACCCCCUCCAUCACCGAGCUCUUCGCCUACCCCCCCACAAACCCCAUUUUCCUCGAAAACCUCCUCCCCCUCCCGGACUCCCGCCUCUUACUCUCCUCCUUCUCCCCCUCCCUACUCCUUUUCUCUCCCAACUCCCCCACAACCCCAACCGCCCUCACCCCCUUCCCAAACUGCACCUCCUACACAGGCCUAACCUCCCUCUCCCCCACCACCUACGCCGUCACAGGCGGCGUCAUGGCCGGCCUCGGUCUCGACCCCACCACAACCGCCCUCCACAUCUUCUCCCUCCCCCCCAACUCCACCACCCCCACCCUCCUGAACUCCAUCCCCCUCAACUACCCCCUCCCCAACGGCCUCCUCGCCCUCCCUUCCAACAAAAGCAUCAUCCUCUCGGCCGACUCCCUCACCGGCUCCAUCCUCCGAAUCGACACAACAACCAACACCGUCACCACAAUCCUCCAAUCCCCCCAGCUCCUCGGCGGCACAGUCUUCCCCCUCGGCAUCAACGGCCUCGCUGCCCGGCCCCUGUUCGACGGAUACCUCUACUUUACCGUUUCCGGCCAGGGGUAUUUCGGGAGGAUCAAACUCUCCAACCAGGGUUACAUCCCCUCGGGCAGCCAAAUCCAAGUGCUGGCCCAGAUUCAGGACCCCGGGUGGGUCAACGCGUUUGACGAUCUCGAUUUCGACCACACCGGCAAGAGCGCCUACAUUGCCUGGCAGAGGGGGAGGGUCGUCAAGGUUACUCAGGCCGCAUGGGGACAGCAGUGGACGCAAGAGGUUAUCGUCAAUGGGACCGAGGAUGUGACGCUGAAGGGUGUUACGGCGGUGAAAUUCGCGAAGGGCUGGUCGGGGAGGAAGGUUUUGUUUGCUACCACCGGGGGACUGGAGGGGGAGAACGAUCAGGUGGGAGGGCAGGUGGUGAGGAUUGAUCUCUAG